CGGGUGCAACUUUCAGGUGCGCUUCGCCCUCAGAGGUGAACAACUCCUAAAGUCGGUGCGAUGGAUUAUUUCUGAGAGUUAUUUUAUUAUUAAGAAAUUAAAACAUGUAGAGGCACCGUGCAGCACCGGAGAACAGGCCAAUAAGAGAGAGAGGAACGACUUACGGCAUUGUAGCUGAUAUCCAUUCGUCCACCUCCGUGACAGCAUCACUACCACCACUACAGCUGUAGGAAUCUGUCUCCGGUCCGCCCGUCGUCCCUCUCCUCUCUCCUGUCAUGUCGGUGUCCGUGAGCAACCCACUCCAGCGCCGGCGCUCUCUCGGCCCCGUCUCGCCGAAGCGCAUCUACAGGAACCUGUCCGUCAGACUCAGGGGCAGAGAGUCAUCUGUUGCCACGGCGAUGGACGUGUACAAACACCAGCGCAAGUCUGCAGAUGCUUACCAGACCUUGUGGGAGGCCGUGGAAAAUGAGGACACUUUGGCUGUGCAAAGCCUGCUGUCCAGAGACCACACCAACUGUGGAGUAGGAAGAGGAGGAGGAAGAGGAGGAGGAGGAAGAGGAGGAGGAGGAGGAGGAGGGGGAAGCUGCACAAGGGAACGAGGGGAGAAGAAAGAGAAGGACUGUGAUAGGGAGAAGGAGAAAGGGGUGAACAGGGUGAGCGAACAGGGCCUGGUCCCGCUGGACGUAGCUGCCCUUACCCACAAUUCACCUCUGCUCCAUGUGUUGACAAAGGCGGGGUCCAGACAUAACCCCGUUUUGUGCAGACCAGUAGAGUGGACCCUUAAGCUGGAUGCUCUGGUGACUCUGGCGGGCAAACAGGUGGAGGAGAGGAAGAACGAGCUGUCGAAGAAGGGCGGGGCGGGGCCUCAGGCACAGGCCGACGCCCACAGACACAUCCGCCUCUGGAGCCUCAGGCUGCAACUGUACUGCCGCAUGAGGCAGAACUUCCAAAACACGGAGCUCCCGGGGCCUCCCAGUCACGUGUCCAUACUGGUGACCAGCACGUCCUCUCUGUUUGUGUCAAUCAAAGAGCCAGAAGGUCCUGCCAUCGGGCUCAUCACCCGCCACAGAGUGGAGUGGAGCACCUCAGACAGCUUCAAGCGCAUCCUCGGCACAGCCCAGGUCUCAGAGACCAAGAACCCAUCCUACAGCAUCAAGGGACUCACAACAGGAACGCAUUACUUUGUGAGAGUGAGCUGCUACAACGUGAAGGGAUGGGGCCCGCCUCAGUGCUCCAGUCCGGUCAGCGCUGCCCCCUCCAGUUGGAGAGAGUGCGUCGCCGUGUCAGAGUUCAGGAAUCACGAGGGCCUUGUGAGGAAACUGCUGCAGGACGCCAGAGAACCACAUUACAGAGGGUUCUGCAAAGAGAGCUCCAAGCCCCAGAGUCCCAGCAAGCGGCUCUCUGUGUCUCAAGGCAUCAAACAACUGUUCCAGUCCGCCACCAAGUUUGUCCGUCUGCUCCAGAGGGGCGUGUACCUGGCGACUGUGUUCUACCACAAGGAAAACAUCCUGGUGACAGCCGAAGAUCAGAUCCCACUGGUGGAGAUCCAGUGCUGCUCCACCUCCAUCACCCAAGACUUCCUUUGGUUUGCCAAGUUGUCCUGUGCGUGGCAACAAGUGCCCUGGCUCCAGCAGGCCCUUACCUCAGCUCACUCGUCUUCCUCAUCCCUCCUUCAGAACAGGCACAACAUUCUAAGAGCCGUUUCCCAGCUGCAGUCUUCCCUGGGGACAAUGCACCUGGGCCAGCUGUACUACGAACCUCUGAAAGACCGGCAGGGCAACGUCCUCCUGGUGACUCUGAAGGAGUUCCCCAACCCUCCCGGCCCUCCAGACCCUCGGCUCCACUGGAUGCCCCUGGCCCGUCUGGAGAAGAACCGCAGCAGAACCCCUCGGCUGCCGGAGCCCACCGCCAUGGACAUGCUCUACGAGCAGCUGAAGGAGAAACUGUCCCUCCACCGGCACAGCAUUCAGUGCGCCAAGCCGGGUCUGUACGUUGGCAUCCUGAAACUCUGCAGCUCGGUGGAACAGAUCCGGGUCCUGGUGCCCCAGAGGCUGCCCAACGUGCUCUGCCACACACGGGUCCGGCACAACGCCCACGUCUCCAGAGAGGAGUGGGCGUGGCUCCAGAGUCAUGUUUACACCACAGCCAAUGGCAGCGUGCCCAACCUGUUGAGCGGCGAGGAGGAGAGCGCGAUGGAGAGCACCGGGCUGGCGGAGUUCAUCGUGUCCCUGAGAGCGGCCAUCGCACACCUCCUGGCAAAGCUCAACAUCCCCCUCUACAGGGCGUAUCAGUACGGAGUCUACACCCGGGAACUGCUGCAGUUUGGAGACAAGCUGUCCAUGCUGCUGCUGCUGCCCCCCAGUGAGGACUUCAGCUCCAACUACUGGCCUCUGGUGGGAACCAAGGAGCCGGGGCUCACCAUGCCCCUGCAGAUCUUUGAGCUGGUUCACUUCUGGACCUACGAACGCGACUUCCUUUCCCAGUACUGCCAGGCCUGGGUGAAGCUGGAGCUGGACUCUCAUCUGGCCCAGCAGGCUCUGCGGGAGGCGCUGGACAACAAUGAGGUGCAGGUGGCCCGAGAGCGCCUGAACCACAUCACGGAGCUUUCCCACCGUCUGGAUGUGGUGUGGAGGGACGCCCGCUGGAUUAUGGACUGUCUGCAGUGUGUUCGGUCCAAGCAGUGGGUCGGCGCGGUGCCUCUCGGCCUGGUGAUGGGAGGAGACCCGCCGCCAUGUCCUGAUGGCGAGGACGAGGAGGAGAGCUUGACGGCCAGACUGACGUGGCCCCAUCGCAUACAGGCACAGAGAGCCAUCAAAGAGUCUUUAGUUGCCGGGACUCCAUCAAACGUCGUAUCUGCCGAGGUCUCCGCUCACUCAGGAAUCAUGGUUGUCCCCGAAGAGGCCACGCUGUUAAUGGAGGGCGUUGCAAAGGGAGGAUACCCUGUAGACAUCACCGCCCAAUCAACUGUGGACUUUACAGGCCUCGACCCGUCAGAAUUAGGAUGUGCCAGCGCCUUAAUCGAAUCUGGACUAGACCCCGGUGCUGUCGUGCAGCUCGAAGUGGGGUACGCCGUUCUGGAAACACAGGAGUCCUACAGCGAAGAGCAGGACUUCCCUUCGAGCAUCACUGAGGUAAUCCGGCCAAUGGAGAUGGCGGAGUUGGUGGACAUCUUGCCUACGCUGAGUCUCAUUGAGGAGGAGACCCCCAGUGGCCCGUCCACACCGUCGGUACUGGAUAUGCUGGAGAGCUUUGGACUGGGGGUCGGCGAAAAAGAAACCUUCUUUGACUUUGAGAACUCAGCCGGUGGAGCGUCAGAGACUCACUGCGAGGGUACCGACACGCCUGCCUCAUAUGACACAGCGGAUGCCACGGGUGGUGACGUGCCGGUUUUGAGCUUGGAUUUCAAUCCAGGGGAUACAGAAACUCUGCAGGUUCCCCGCAAGGGAGCGAGCUUUCCGUUAAGAAACCAGGUGGAGUGGGACAGACCAGCUGACUGAUAUCAAAUCAAGCACCAGCAUUUCUUCGAGCCAGUAUCAAUUAAAAACCAAAUCAGUGGGUCGCAGCACAGUUCAUUUACGGACAGAGAAUCCUAGUUUGACUUUAAUGAGGACAAUUCAAGUGACAUCUAGAUACGACUGAAUCUUUCACACGUUUUAUGAUAUUUGCACAUUUCCAGUUCCUGAAGUUUGUCUUUUUGUGUGGAGAAACGAAAGUAUGGUAGUAAACUCCAUCCCUCACUACAGCAUGAAGCAACAUCGCAGCUUGAUGGAGCUCAUAAACUAAUUAUAGCACACACUUCAGUACAAUGGAAGUGCCGUCUAUAAAUAGCUGUGUUGUACUGAAUAUGUCGUUAAAUUGUUUCCUUUUGGUUUACUUGUGUGAGCUUCUGGCAUCACAAAACUGUAGCCUGAUUUAUAAUUCUGUAUAUUUGACGUGAACUGUUAGUUUGCCAGUUCUGAUGUCUAGAUUGAUAUCUAGAGAGAAAACGUGCAAUUCAGACAUGGAAGAGAUCUCUUCUUCCGUCUUUCACACAAAUGGUCCUCGACUACAAAAGCCUAUUCACAUCCGUCAUUCCCGUUAUUUGCCUUCUAUGUAGCAUACGUAUUGUUUCCUGGCUCUCAGUUGGUCAGGGAAAGUGCACAACAUUCAAAUUCACACAUUCAUGUCAGUUCUUCUUUUGCCACGGAUAUUUUGCCUGACGAUGUUUGCAUCUUUAUUUACUGGAUCUUUACCCCGUCUUGCAUCCAGUCAACCAGAGAUUGAGCUACGGCCAAGGAGACUGAACGUUUGGGAAAGAUUGGGAAGACCUUUUACUUGCAGCUCAGUGUCUUUUUUUAAAUGUAUUAUUGGCAGGAAUAAGAUAAAUACAUGAUGAAUGGUCAUAUAGGUAUACAACUGUUGUUAUAAACCCUAUUAAACAUGUCCUGUGACCAUGAA